GCCGCGCCGGGGCCCGCGCCACCUCCGCCCCCAGCGGCUCCCCUCCAGCCCGCCCCUCGCCGCCCUCCUCCCCCCGCCCGCCGCGCCGCGCCGCCUGCGAGGAAACAAAGUGCUGCGGGCGGGAGACUCGGCGGCGGCGGCGCGCGGACCUCGCGGGGCCCUCCCGGUCACCCUCGCCCCGUUCCUUCCCUUGUGUGCGUGUGUCUGUGUGUGUCUGUGUGCGCGCGCGCGCGCGUUUUCUGACAAAGGGCAUUUUACGAUUGAUUGAUUCGCAGCCCUCCCCCUUUUUACCCUUUGUGUGGUAACGCUCUCCCGCCAUCCCAGGUACUUCUCCCUCGCUCCCGACGCCGGGCUCUCGGCGAGCGCCGAUCGCGGGCUCGGGCGCCCCCCUCCCCGCCCUCCCUGCACCGCUCCCCUCCCUCCCCGGCUACCGAUCGCCCCCGCCGGCCCGCCAUGGCGACCGCGACCCCCGUGCCGCCGCGGUCGGGCAGCCGCUCCAGCGCCCCCGCCACGCCGCUGAGCCCCACGCGGCUGUCGCGGCUGCAGGAGAAGGAGGAGCUGCGCGAGCUCAACGACCGGCUGGCCGUGUACAUCGACAAGGUGCGCAGCCUGGAGACGGAGAACAGCGCGCUGCAGCUGCAGGUGACGGAGCGGGAGGAGGUGCGCGGCCGCGAGCUCACCGGCCUCAAGGCGCUCUACGAGACCGAGCUGGCCGACGCGCGCCGCGCGCUCGACGACACGGCCCGCGAGCGCGCCAAGCUGCAGAUCGAGCUGGGCAAGUUCAAGGCCGAGCACGACCAGCUUCUGCUCAAUUACGCUAAGAAAGAAUCCGACCUUAAUGGAGCCCAGCUCAAGCUCCGAGAGUAUGAAGCGGCACUGAAUUCUAAGGACGCGGCUCUGGCUACAGCGCUUGGUGACAAAAAAAGCUUAGAGGGAGAUUUGGAGGAUCUGAAGGAUCAGGUGGCGCAGUUGGAAGCCUCCUUAGCUGCUGCCAAAAAGCAGUUGGCAGAUGAAACUUUACUUAAGGUGGAUUUGGAGAACCGCUGUCAGAGCCUUACUGAGGACUUGGAGUUCCGAAAAAGCAUGUAUGAGGAGGAGAUCAAUGAAACCAGAAGGAAGCAUGAAACUCGCCUGGUAGAAGUGGAUUCUGGGCGUCAGAUUGAGUACGAGUACAAGCUGGCUCAGGCUCUUCACGAGAUGAGGGAGCAGCAUGACGCCCAAGUGAAGCUGUACAAGGAGGAGCUGGAGCAGACCUACCACGCCAAGCUCGAGAAUGCCAGACUGUCUUCAGAGAUGAACACUUCUACUGUCAACAGUGCCCGGGAAGAACUGAUGGAAAGCCGGAUGAGAAUCGAGAGCCUUUCCUCUCAGCUCUCUAACCUCCAGAAAGAGUCUAGAGCAUGUAUGGAGCGGAUUCAGGAGCUGGAGGACUUGCUUGCUAAAGAGAGAGACAACUCUCGGCGCAUGCUGACUGACAAGGAGAGAGAGAUGGCAGAAAUCCGGGAUCAGAUGCAGCAGCAGCUGAACGAUUACGAGCAGCUUCUUGAUGUGAAGUUAGCCCUGGACAUGGAGAUCAGUGCUUACAGGAAGCUUCUAGAAGGUGAAGAAGAGAGACUGAAGCUCUCUCCAAGCCCGUCCUCCCGGGUGACCGUGUCCCGAGCGUCCUCCAGCCGCAGUGUGCGGACCACAAGAGGGAAGCGGAAGAGAGUCGAUGUGGAGGAGUCAGAGGCGAGCAGCAGUGUGAGCAUCUCCCAUUCUGCAUCUGCCACCGGGAACGUGUCCAUCGAAGAGAUAGACGUGGAUGGCAAGUUCAUCCGCCUGAAGAACACGUCGGAGCAGGAUCAACCAAUGGGAGGUUGGGAGAUGAUCCGAAAAAUUGGAGACACAUCAGUCAGCUAUAAAUAUACCUCAAGAUAUGUGCUGAAAGCAGGCCAGACUGUUACAAUCUGGGCCGCAAAUGCUGGGGUCACAGCCAGUCCUCCCACAGACCUCAUCUGGAAGAACCAGAACUCUUGGGGCACUGGUGAAGACGUGAAGGUUAUAUUGAGAAAUUCUCAGGGAGAGGAGGUUGCGCAAAGAAGUACAGUCUUUAAGACAACCAUACCUGAAGAAGAGGAGGAGGAGGAAGAGGCAGCUGAAGUGUUUGUUGAGGAUGAACUUCUCCACCAGCAGGGAGCCCCAAGAACAUCUAAUAAAAGCUGUGCAAUUAUGUAAACUUCUCCAGUCCACUGUCGUCCUCAACAUAAAAGAAGUAUGCUAAUCCUUACCUACAUACAGUGCAGAGCCUUCUCAGAAGCACAGAAUAUUUUUAUAUUUCCUUUAUGUGAAUUUUAAAGCUGCGAAUUGAUGGCCUUAAUUUCCUUUUUUGACACUGAAAGUUUUUUAAAAGAACAUCAUAUCCAUACACUUUGUUGCAAGAUGUGAAUUAUUGACACUGAACUAAUAACUGUACUGUUUGGAAAGGGUCUCUCAAAUUUUUGACGUUUUUUGUAUGUAUGUGUGGUUUUUGUUUUUGUUUUUAAGUUCUUACAAGAAGGGGAGGGGAGGAUCAAUGAACCACUGUGGUCUGGAUAUAAUUUGAAGAUUGCUUCAUCUAGGUUAGCAAUCUGCUCUUGAUUACUCUCUGCUCUAUAUUACGGUGCUGUGAGGGGAGGGGGAAGCAUUUUUCAACAUAUCGAACUUUUGUACUGAAUUUUUUUGUAAUAAACAAUCAAGGCAACAAAUUUUUUUUUUUUUAGUAGAAAAGAGAAAUUUUUUAAGAAGGCAAUAUCAACCUAAUCAUGUAAGCACUCGGAUGAAGGAUUCCGCAAAACUUUGUUUUAUGGUUACUUCUCUUAGAUUCUUAAUUCAUGCGGG